AUGUGGAGUGAAGGGCAUGAGAGGAGAGCUUUUUCGGCUUCUUGGGUAUGGAAUUUGGUUCGAUAUAAAGAAACAGAUAUAGAUUGGAGCUCUAUUGUAUGGUUUACCCAAUGUAUCCCACGACAUGCGUUCUUGAUGUGGUUGAUCAUGAGAGUUUGGCAUAUCGUGAGACCGAAGGUGGGUAUGGAGACGGUUCAAUCUAAGUGGGUGGAGAUUGUUAAUUGGUUACUUGCUCGAUCCAAAUCAAAGUUAGCUGCUGAUUAUGUUGCUAGAGUUCUAGUUGCGGCUAGUGCUUAUGUCAUUUGGCAGGAGCGCAAUGCUAGGAUCUUUAAGAAUCAGGUGAGACCUCCAGACAUUGUUAGUGCGCAAAUAAUUCAAUUGGUUCGGUACAAGUUGAUGGGAGUGAGACUGAAGAAUACUGGAAAUGUUCGUAUACUUCUAAGAGAAUGGGAGAUUCAUGGCAAAGAUACUAUUGAUGAUGGCGGCUGA